AUGUAUAAAAUUUCUAAUAAACAAUAUUAUACAAAUACAGAAAGUGAAUUAGUAUCAGAAGUUCAGCCAAUUCAGAGCAGCUGUAAUGAUAUUUCAAAUGAAAGUAUCAUUUUAGGGUCUAAUAAUUAUAACGAUGUUUCAAAUGAAAGUAUUAUCUUAGGGUCUGAUAAUCAAAUUAAUGUUGGUGGAUCUGAUAAUCAAAUUAAUCAGUGUCAACAGCCUUCAAGAAAAAUUAAUUGCUCCUGGCAUAUUAAUCUUACAAAGCCAAAAUCAUUAACUGAGGUUGGUAUUACAAGUAUAUAUAAAGAACAUAACCAUCCUAUGUUAUGUGAUGUAGAAUUAUAUGCUUCUAAAUAUCGAAAGUUAACAGAUAGUAUGAUGAAGAACAUUAAAUUCUAUGUUACUAAAGAUAACAUGAAAGCAAAACAGAUAUACUCUUUACUAGUUGCUAAGUUUUCAGACUAUGCUAUAUUAAAAAAGGAUAUUUAUAAUGCUAUAAAAAGGUUUAAACCACCUCUUACAAGCUGA